UGGUAGUGGGAUGGGAGAACUCAGGUGGAGCGGGCUGGUUCUCACGGCGAGUGCCGACUUUCUCUCCGCCCGUCCACGUAGGAACAUCCUGGUUCUGUUUACUGAUACCAGACAGGGAUUGUUGGCGGGGUUGCCUGUGCUUUCGUGCCCAGGCAGAGCGCUCUUCUCUCCCGAACCCUGAAGUUGAGGGUCGCUGAUCGAACUAGUCAAGCGCCUUGAUAGACUUGGAGCUGACUAGUUCUGGCCGGUGUACGAGCGCUUAAAAUCACUGCUCCAGGUGUCGCAAGGCAUCUAGGUAUCCCUGUUAACUCGUGCUGUUUUUGGGGAGAAUGUACGGUAAGAUCAGGGUGUGAUGAGCGAGGCGGGCUAUGCCCUGGUGAGCACCGACGACGACCAGGAAUCGUCCGACGAGAGAGACUCCCUACUCCCGCUGCAGAACGGCUACCCAGCCACGGUAAAGAUGACUGAGUACAAGCGCCACGAGAACGUGGAGGACGACAUUCCGGCCAGCAACGCGAGCUCCCAGGGUGGCACCCCCAUGGAGGAUGUUCCACCUGUUAAGCUGAGAACAAAGACGCUGUUCUUGGGGAAGUGGGGCCAGUGGACGUCCUUAGAACGGAUCCUCAUCAUCCUGAGCUGCCUUCUGGGGUUAACCUGUAUCAUACUGGGGGCGUUGUAUGGAGCAGCAGUCGGUAGGAAAGAGGUGUGCCUGACCCCGCACUGUGUCAUGGUGGCGAGCAAACUCAUGUCCUCCAUGAACAUGUCCAUCGACCCGUGCGACAACUUCUACCAGUACGCGUGCCAGGGCUGGAUCCGCAGUCACCCCAUCCCAGACGGGAAAACUCGCUGGGGAACAUUCGGUCAACUGUGGGCGGAAAACCAGCAAGUCAUGAGAACAGUGCUCGAGGAGCUUGACCUUGACAAAGCUGUCAGCCAAGCAGAGAAGAAAGCCAAGCUGUACUAUCUCUCCUGCAUGGACGCAAACAAUACAGUAGAAGAAUUAGGUGCCAAACCACUGCUGGACAUCAUCACAGACCUGGGCGGGUGGAACGCCACGGGAACAUGGAACGAAGAAACCUGGAAUUUCUCCGCUCUGUUCAACAGACUACACCAGCAGUUCGACUUGAGCCCGCUCUUUUCUGCAUGGGUUGGAACCGACGACAGAAACUCCUCUGUAAACAUCUUCCAAGUUGACCAGGGAGGGUUAGGCCUCCCCGACAGAGACUACUACCUGAACAAAAGCGAGACAGAUGAGGUUCUGGUGGCGUACCUGGCGUACAUGACAGAGCUCGGCAUUCUGCUGGGAGGUGACCGCAAUGAGACCAUGAUGCUGAUGAGCGAAGUUCUGGAUUUUGAGAUAGAGCUGGCAAAUAUAACAACACCAGAUGAUCAGAGACGAGACCAGGAGAUCAUGUACCACAGAUAUAACCUCAGCAUCCUGCAGGGUAUGGCACCUAUGAUCAACUGGACCCUGUACUUCACCACGAUGCUGAAAAACACAGGGAUAAGUAUCAACCCAUCAGAACAGCUGGUGGUGUAUGCACCUGAGUACCUACACCAUGUCACCAAACUAGUCAACAGAACUCCAAACCAUGUGUUGAACAACUACCUGCUCUGGAAGGUAGUGUCCCUGUUGUCACCGUACCUCAGUAAACCCUUCCAGGACGCAGGACACAAGAUGACGGAGGUCCUGACGGGGAAGACGGAGAGAGAAGCCACCUGGAAGGAGUGCAUCUCUGAGACAAACGAGGUGGUUGGGUUCGCCCUGGGAGCCAUGUUUGUGAGGGAAGCUUUUCACAACAGCAAGGCCAAGGCUGAGGAGAUGAUAGGUGAUGUGAAGAGAGCCUUCAUCAGAAACCUGCCAAACCUGCAGUGGAUGGACGAUGAAACCAGGAGGGCAGCUGAGGACAAGGCUGAGGCCGUCUAUGAUAUGAUUGGCUUUCCAGACUACAUCCUCGAUCCUGAAAAACUAGACGAGAAAUAUGAACUGCUUGAAAUGAGAGCCGACGACUACUUUGGGAACUACGUCAGAUUUUUGGCCGUUGACGUCCUCAAAAACAUGAAGAAGUUGAGACAACCAGUGGACAGAAGGAAAUGGUCCAUGACCCCACCUGAGGUCAAUGCCUACUACUCACCCAACAAGAAUGAAAUCGUCUUCCCAGCUGGUAUACUACAGCCACCAUUUUAUGACCCCAACAGCCCAAAGUCACUGAACUUUGGAGGCAUUGGAGUGGUGAUGGGACAUGAACUGACACAUGGAUUUGACGACUCAGGUCGUGAGUUUGACAAGUUCGGGAACCUGAAGCCAUGGUGGAACAAUGUCUCAGUUGCAAAGUUCAAACAACAAGCUCAGUGUAUGGUCGACCAGUACUCAGGAUAUACAAUCAAUGGGGAACAUGUUGAUGGGAAACAAACGUUAGGGGAGAACAUUGCUGACAAUGGAGGCUUGAAGUCUGCUUUUCAUGCCUAUGAAGACUGGAAGAGAAGAAACGGGGAUGAGGUGCCCCUACCUGCUGUAGGGCUCAGUCACAACCAGCUUUUCUUUGUUUCCUUCGCUCAGGUAUGGUGUGAUCGCAGGACUGAACAGAUAGCCCACGAGGCCUUGUUAACGGACACUCACAGCCCUGCAAAGUGGAGGGUCAUCGGCACUUUAUCCAACUCCAAGGACUUUGCCCGAGCCUUCAACUGUCCAGUGGGAAGCACCAUGAACCCUAAAGACAAGUGUGAAGUCUGGUAACGUUUAAACUCACAGCAUAAGAUUUGUCCUAACUACAGAGACAUGUCUGAAUACAAGUGGAACAACUCUACUAUACUGUAUGUAGGUAACAAGUAUAGAUAAUUGUGAUUCAGACUGGGAUU